CAGCCGCUUAAGAGGAAGCUUCUUGGAUCUGUUACGCCUAGAUAUACUGAGAGGGGCGGUGAUGGCCUAAAGCUACGCGGUGAUGGUCUAAGGCUCCGAUUUCUUAAAGGUAGUCGCCCCCACUACCCCAUUCUGUCCUGCCUGCCAUGGGACCUGCUGGGAGUCUGUGGCAGCACAUCCCGAGUGAUUCUGAAGAAACAGGGGAAGAUGAAGAUGCCUCACCCUCUGCCGAGCCUGAGACCACCCUGGAUGCCUGUAGCCAGUGGAGGAACAACGUGGGCUUCUGGUUGCUGGGACUCUGCAACAACUUUGCCUAUGUGGUAAUGCUGAGUGCUGCCCAUGAUAUUCUCAGCCAUCAGAAGGUGCCAGCAGGCAAUGGGACUGAGCCAACUCCCCCCAGCGUUCCUGCAAACGCUUCUCGUUACGACUGCAAUGCCAUCUCCACGGGGGCCGUGCUGUUGGCUGACAUUCUGCCCACCCUUCUCAUCAAAUUCAGCGCACCUUUUUGUAUCCACUUGCUCCCAUAUGGCUUGCGUGUUAUCAUCUGCGUCAUCACGGCCUGGGGCAGUUUCCUGGUGGUGGCCUUCUCCACAUGCACAGUCCAAAGCCUUGCAGGUGUCGUGCUGGCCAGUAUUUCAUCUGGCCUGGGUGAAAUAACAUUCCUUGCGCUCACGUCUUUCUUCGACAGUGCCGUGGUGUCUGCCUGGUCUUCUGGAACAGGUGGGGCUGGCCUGCUAGGGGCACUUUCAUACCUUGGACUGACAGAGGCAGGCUUGAGCCCCCAGCACACCCUCCUCCUCAUGACCAUUGUUCCGGUCAUCAUGCAGGCCAGUUACUCUUUUGUGCUGGCUCCACCCCCCGGGGCCCCUCGCUGCGGCUGGGGCAAGCGUCCACAGAAGUCUCUACGUUCUCCUUCCUCAACUCAGCAGCCGCUCCUUGAGAAUAAAGCUACACUACAAAACAAGGCACAAAGCCCUCAGCUCAGCCUGCAAGAAAAGGGGCAGGUGGUCAAGGGUCUCUUAAAAUACCUCAUCCCUUUAGCUGUUGUGUAUUUUGCUGAAUACUUCAUCAACCAGGGCCUGUUUGAACUGCUGUACUUCCAUAAAGCGCCAUUUACUCACGCGCAACAAUAUCGUUGGUACCAGAUGCUCUACCAGGCUGGGGUCUUUGUCUCUCGUUCCUCCGCCACCUGCAUACGGAUUCGGCACAUAUGGCUCCUUGCGGUGUUACAGUGCCUGAACAUGGUGUUCCUCUCGGUCGCUGUGUCCAAAAUGUUUCUACCCAGCAUCUAUAUAGUUUUCGCUCUGGUACUCUACGAGGGAUUACUGGGAGGAGCUGGUUACGUGAACACUUUCCACUGCAUCAGUGAAAAGAGCAAGCCGGAGCACCGUGAGUUUGCUAUGGGAGUUGCUUGUAUAGCUGACACGUUGGGCAUCUCGCUUUCAGGGGCUGUUGCUAUCCCUAUUCACAACCAUUUCUGUCGCCUCCCUUGAGGCCCACUUCCCAGAGGGACCAACGGAUGCCUUGACUUACCACAUGCCUGUUCCUGAAUAGUACAUUUCCCAGUAUGGAGGAGGGAAAGAUACUGGGAUGCCUGUGCUUAUGCCUCCUCCUCAGGCUGUCAAAAGAGGAGAAAGGAGGCACGCGGAAUUGAGGUGUCGGCUUUUGGCAUUAAUUUCCUCGUCUGUUUUGAUUUUGGAGAGCAUUUUAUUUUAACUGAGCCUGAAUGGGAAUCUACUUUUAUCCCAUGUUGCACAGCAGUGGGAGGACCUAAUCAGAGCACACAAUGACAGAUGGAUGGGAAAUCAUGUUCUGCAGUUUGUAGGGGGGAAACAUGUGAAUGUUGCAUAAAAUAGGUCACACAGCACAUCCUUGUGUUGGGCAGGGGAAGCAGAGGAGGAAUAUUUAGUGUGACACUCCUACGUAACCAGAAGAUACUGCAGAAAUGGGAUGUGCAGCUGCAUAAGUGCAUUAAUAACUAUAGAUAAAUACGGAAGGAGGGAACGAAGAUUGUUAGGGUGAGAUGCACGCUCAAUUCAGAAAGGGGCAAGGAUAAUAAUUUUGCACAGUAAUCAAUUUCUGUCUCAAGCUCAAUCAAUAAACCAGUCAUAUUUCAA